AUGUUUUUCUUGUUUCCCUACAACACCGAUGCACCGGUUUACUAUUUGCCGGUAACCACUAUUGCCUUGAUCUUGGUGAAUGUGCUCGUGUUCGGGGGCAUGGUGGGGGCCGGGGACGCCGGUCAGUUCGAACCCUAUCUGUUGGAGUACUCCAAUGGGCUACAUCCGGUGCAGUGGGUCACCUCCGCAUUCAUGCACGCAGACCUCAUGCAUCUGCUCGGCAACAUGAUGUUCCUGUGGCCCUUCGGCCUUGUCAUCGAAGGGAAAAUUGGUUGGUGGCGAUUCUUGUUGGUGUACCUGGGAAUCGCCAUCGGGGUUUGUGCUCUGGAGCAAACCAUUUCAAUCUUCACGGGAGAGGAGGGACGCUCGCUGGGGGCCUCAUCUGCCAUCUACGGGCUUAUCGCGAUGUCUCUAGUGUGGGCUCCGAAGAAUGACUUGGUCUGCAUGAUAGUCUAUUGGUUUCUUUACAUCCCUCGCGCGGUUUCGGUUUCGAUUCCUUUGCUGUACUUCGGGAUGUUCUACGUGGUGUGGGAGUUGAUUGCGUCGUCUCUCGGGGGCUUCGCCUUAGAGACCCCCAUGCUGCACUUGCUGGGGGCCGUGUUUGGAUUUCCGAUUGCGUUCGUGAUGCUGCUGACGAAACGAGUGGAUUGCGAGGGCUGGGACAUUAUCAAUGUGUGGAAGGGGGAACACGGGUCGUCAUUUCAUAACCAUGAGAUCAAACCGCUGGCUACCGAGGAGCAGCGUCGAAAAGAUGCAAUGCAAAGGGCUGAACUGCUCGACAAGAUCCGUAAACUUCUUGCCCAAGAGCAGGGUAAAUUGGCGUUGAAGUUACAUGAUCAGGCGUCCUCUUUUGAAGACUGGCAGUUGCCUGCGAAAGAACACUUGGAACUCAUCGCCGCAUUGCACAAACAGGGAGCUGCCAGAAAGUCAAUCCCCUUGAUGGUCGAGUAUCUUUCCCGACAUCCGGAGAACUCGGAGCGGGUGCGGCUGAAACUCGGGCAGAUUCUCAUCCGCGACGAGGAUCGUCCCAGCCAAGGCCUGCAAGUGCUGGGCAAGAUUGCCGAGCAUGCUCUGCCAGAAAAGCUGGAACUCUUGCGACGUCGACUGGUGGCCGAAGGCAGAAAAGUGAAGGCACAAGGUGAAACCGUCGAGCUCGAACAUUCAGCUGCGGGGGCCUGGUGGUGGGGAAUCGCCAUUGCUCUGGUUCUUGUGACAGUUGUCGCAUACUGGCCCGUCCGCAAUUUCGAAUUCGUCACUCUUGAUGAUGUGGAGUAUGUGACGCAGAAGCCCUGGGUGCAGACGGGGCUGACAUGGGACGGCCUUGCUCGGGCAUGGACCGAACCGGUGGCGGCCAAUUGGCAUCCAGUCACGAUGAUCACGCACAUGCUCGAUUGCCAACUCUUCGGUGUCGAUGCGGGCUGGCAUCAUCUAACAAACCUCAGCUUACAUGUAGUUUGCAGUGUGCUGCUAUUCUGUGUGCUUUGGCGGAUGACCGGGCAACUAUGGCCUGCCGCUAUUGUGGCGGCUCUCUUUGCAUGGCACCCCUUACGUGUCGAAUCGGUGGCGUGGAUUUCUGAACGAAAGGACGUGUUGAGUGGCACGUUUGCCAUGUGUGUACUUGUGGCAUACUUGGCUUACGUUCGAGAUGUACGACUAAGGAGUUACGCCCUCGUGUUUGGGCUUCUGGCUUUGGGGCUUUUGGCAAAGCCGAUGUUGGUUACCCUGCCCUUCGUGAUGCUGUUGCUCGACUAUUGGCCUUUGAACCGAGUCCGCGGCUGGGACAGUACGUGGAGAGAGGCUGUUACACGAUAUGGAUGGCUGUCCCUCGAGAAGCUGCCGCUGAUUGGGCUGGUUCUCGUGUCCAGUGUGAUUACUUUUCUGGUGCAACGGGAUCAGGGAGCGGUUGAAGCGGUGACGAAGUUUCCGCUGAGUGGUCGAAUUGACAACGCAAUCGCAUCUUAUGUCGGGUACAUCGGCAUGAUGAUAUGGCCCAGCGAUCUAGCCGUGCCUUACCCGUUAACUGGAAUGCAAGCGACCGGUGCCCAAGUUGUAGGGGCGACCAUCUUCUUGUUGGGAGUCUCCCUCUUCGCGUGGUGUGUGCGGCGACGGUGUCCAUGGAUUCUCGUUGGCUGGCUGUGGUAUCUCGGCAUGCUGGUUCCGGUCAUCGGAAUCGUGCAAGUGGGGCGCCAGGCAAUGGCCGAUCGCUAUACCUACCUUCCAUCGAUCGGGCUGAGCAUUGCGGCUGUGUGGACCCUGGCAUAUAUAGUUAAUCGCCGAAGGUGGCUAGCGAUUCCUCUUGGACUGCUGAUCACGGCCGCCUUAGCGGCCUACACCCUGAAGACUCAUCAGCAGGUUGAAUACUGGCGGAACUCGGCUGCACUCUAUGCUCACGCAUUGGAAGUCACCCAGGAGAACGCCACGGCCCAUUUGGGAAUGGCUAACGAACUGGUGCGACAAAACGAGUGGGCCGAGGCCAUCAAACACUACCGCCGUGGGCUCGAGAUUGAACCGGAGAGUAUCAACGGCUACUACAAUCUCGCAGUCGUGCUGCUCGCGCAAGGCGUGGAGCUUGAAGAUGUCGAGCGGAGUCUACGGAUCGCACUCGAGCGAGGCUACAAUCCCGCCGCAGUUUACGCUCGACUCGGCGAACUCUAUUUGAUCCAAGGCAAUCAGGACGAGGCUCGGAAGUCAUUCGCAAUGGCCCUGCAAGCAACUGGGCCCCAAUUGCCGGAGACCGUGACCGGCAUGGCGGUCAUCCUGGUGCGAGAGGGCGAACCGGCUCAGGCGGUAGAUCUAUUGUCGAGGGCUCUUCAGGGUGGAUUCAACCUGCAGGUUGCCGACAAAUUGGCUUGGAUAUACGCCACACAUCCAAGCGAGGAAGUUCGCAAUGGGCCAGUGGCAUUGCAAUUAGCCUCGGAGGUAUGUCGGAGAACCGAGAAUGCCAAUCCAGCCUACCUCGACACCCUCGCGGCGGCGUUGGCGGCAAAUGGACAAUUCGAUGCCGCAGUGGCAGCGGGCACGAGUGCUUUGCGGCAAAUUCGAGAAUUGCAGCGAACUUCUGAAUCGCAGCAGUGGAGCGAUUUGGCACGGCAACUAGAGCGUCGGCUUGCCACCUAUGGUAGGGAACGGCCGUUCACCGACGACCCGCAGCAGCUCAAAUACUGA